AUGAUAAAUCAAAUUGUUAUUAAAUAUACUCAAAUCUUUAUCAACAAUGAAUGGCAUAAAGCAACAAAUGGAAAAACAUUUUCUCUCAUCAAUCCAAGUACAGGAGAAGAAAUCUGUCAAGUAGAAGAAGGCAUUAGAGGUGAUGUUGAUAAAACAGUUGAAGUUGCUCAAACAGCUUUUGAUAUUGAAUCACCAUGGCAUAAAUUAGAUCCUCUUUCUUUCUCUCAACAUAAGUCAAUAUGUAGAAAGUGGAAACACUUAACAAUGUUGAUUGCACUGAAACCAACUGAACAAACACCACAUAGUGCACAUUAUCGUGCUGCUCUUAUCAAAGAGGCUGGCUUUCCACCAGAUGUUGUCAACAUCAUACCAGAUGAUGGGCCUGAAUGUGGUUAUGCAAUAGCUGUUCAUGCACAUAUCGAUAAAGUAGCUUGUACUAAUUCAGUUGAAGUUGGAAAGAAAAUACAAGAAGCAGCAACUACAUCAAAUCUUAAAUGUGUUACACUUGAACUUGGUCAGUAACAAAUACAGGAUCAUUUUCAUCUGAGCUAUUCUCUUUUCACAUAUCGGUGGAAAAUCUCCUUUGAUCAUGUGAGGGUGAGGAUGAGUAUUCUAUAAGACUUUCAAAUAAUCAAAUUGAUUCUAAUACUGAACAAGAAUCACAAGUAAUAACCUCUUUAAUCUAAAGAAAAGUUCACUUUACUUGUAUAUGAUAGAUGAAUAAUAGUUAAUUUCAAUAGAUUUUGGACUAUAUAGAAUCAGGUUAAAAGUUUGGAGAUAAAUUACAAUGUGGUAGUGAACGAGUUGAU